UUCAGAAAAUAACCAGAGCGCUGGCAGCGUGUUUGGUCCAUAAAUUUAAUAUUUUAAAAAUCUUAUCAAAACUAAAGGAAAAAUGGAUGAUGGAGAAUAUGACAACGAUGACGUCGGCGGGGAUGACUUCGAUGAUGUCGAUGAGGAUGUAGACGAGGAUAUCGCCCAAGAGGAGGAAGUUGACAAUAUAGAGAUCAUUGCGCCCGGUGGCGCAGCUGGUGGUGGUGUACCCAAAUCCAAACGCAUCACCACAAAGUAUAUGACGAAAUAUGAGCGUGCGCGUGUCUUAGGCACACGGGCCCUGCAGAUUGCAAUGUGUGCACCCAUUAUGGUUGAGUUGGAUGGCGAAACAGAUCCUUUACAAAUUGCCAUGAAAGAAUUAAAGCAGAAGAAAAUUCCAAUUAUAAUAAGGCGGUUUUUACCAGAUCAUUCAUACGAGGACUGGAGUAUAGAUGAACUCAUCAUGGUAGAUAACUAGCGUGGUUAGACGUAAAAAAUUGGAAUAUACUUUCAAAAUUUUAUUUUUCGAAAAUAUAGAUUAAUUAGUAAUAGCUGCCUA